AUGUCAUCGUUUGUCAAUGCCGACGACGACUUCCCGCCACUCAAGCUUGUCCCUUCGAAUGCAGACCUCGCGCAGCCAACCAUACGCGGCCGCAUCGAAGAGCGUCAAGAGAAGAAGCUGCACCAGCGGUCUGGUAGCAAAGACAGCCGGACGCCCGUCUUCGCCUCUUCGCCUCAAUUCGCCAGCACCGAUUUCGCAAAGCGGCCCAACGCGUCGAAAUCUAAGCUGCAAAGCGGCAGUGACGUGUCCAUCAAGACGCCGAAAAAGGGGCUGCUUGGUCGGCUGAAACUCCCUGGAAACAUGCGCAGCCACGCUUCUCCCUCUACGCCCAAUCUCUGCGCCGGCAACGAGCAAGCGGAGAACAGGAUCCCGAACAAGGCUCAAGAGGUGCUGGGAGCUACGCAUACCGCGCCGCCAAGUCUGGGCUCCUCGCCUUCGAAGAUCAGUAUUCCCCGGUCGCCAUCGAAGCGCAAGCAUUUCUUCUCGCGCAAAAAUGCCAGCGCAACGGCUGUCGAUGACCCCGUCCCCAAAUCAGCGGACACAGUGAAGUCCGCCUUCACUGCCAGCACUUACAUCAACACCCCGCCGACCGCUUUCUCCGACCCAACGCACUACAGUUUCCACCCACAGAACAAACGCAUCGUCUCGCAGUCCAACUCGGACAAAGGCGGCGACAGCAAGGCAAAGGACCCUCACUACUGCCUCAUCACCCGCUCGCAAAGCCUAAAGUACUUCGACCACCACCCACCCCCAACUCCCCCAGCAAAAAACACCCCGCCGGACGAAAAGGCGCGCCGAGACGCAGCAAUCCGCGCCGAAUCCUCCCGCAUGCCCUUCCACGGCACCCAGACCUCCCCGUUCCGAGAAUCGACCGGCGUCAUCAGCGUCAGCGGCCGCUGGAGUCCCACCAAGUUCGGCGGCUACGCGCACAAAAAGGAGAUGCCCACGCUCGUGACGAAGCCGAGCGUGUACUCCCUUCACGCCUCCGUCGUGCCGAAUCUGACGGAGGCGGACACGUUUGAGGAGAUGAAGGCGCGGAUUGAUGGGUUGGGGUUGGAAGGGUUCAGUAUGCCGCGCGAGAAUGAGCGUAGUUCUACCAUGCAGUUCGAGCAUGUGUACUCUCCUAGCAUCUACUCUGAGGACUGGGGUGUGAGACCGACCAGCGUGCUUGUCGGGGGCCAGCAGCGGGUGGGGAAGUCGGAGAUGGCGCAAAGGACAUCGAACGGAACGUCAAUGCAUACCAAAGGUAGCUCGUCGAGCGGCGGGGAGAUUCCCAUCUGCUACCCAGGACUGGCGAAGGAUCCAUCGGUCGGCAGCAUGAACACCCCGAACAAGGCGGCUGGGUUGGGCAAGCAGCCUCAGCGUCUUGAAGCGCAUCGACCGCAACACGGCAAGACUCACUCGCGCGACCACAGCCUCAACUCUCGGCGCUCAGCAGCGGAGCAGGAUUCCAGCAUCUUCGCGCGGCACGUGGAAGACAAUGCCACCACUGUCGAGAGCCGCGUUUUCGAUUCGCCCACAUCUUUCAACCAUCCCAGUGCUGCUCCCUCGCCCCUACAUCUGCAAGCUGCAACCUACACCCCUCCGCCUCGCAUGAGCAGUAAAUUCUCGCCCGGCGAAGUAACAGCAGUCCCCACCGACGACAAGAACCCCUCCAACACCGGCCUCCGCAUCACCACCAAAACACCCGCACAGCCCAACAUCUUCACCACCCUCCCCUCCCUCCCGCGCCCAACAACAUCCCCAACCACCGACCCCCUCAAACCCAGCCCAACCUCCUCCCCGACAAGCAACAAAAGCACAAGCGCAAACACCGACAGAGCCAAGCUGGACCACAUGCUCGCCAUCUUGUCGCAGCUUCAAACGCGGCACGCCGAAAUGGACGCCAUGCGCGACGAGCUGCGGGCCGCGAACGAGAGGUUGGAGGGACGGCUUACGGCUGUUGAGGGGUUGGCGAGGGGCGAGAGGUCGCGUUCUGCUUCGGUUGAGGCUGAUGUUGCGGAGUUUGGGGCUGAAGAGGGUGGGAGGAGGAUUGCGACUGCUACUGCCGUUGACUUUUAUCGUGCUGGGCAAGGGCACGGAAGUGAGAGGGACGACGACGGCGAGGAGGACGAUGGGCAGGGAGAGAGCGGGACGAGAAGUGAAGCAGGGCAAAGUGCAGAGAGCGAGACGAUUGCGGAGCUGCGCGAGACGAAUCGCAGGCUUCUGGAGAUGGUGGGGGGCUUUGAGGAGCAGAUUCAGAGGUUGGAGAGGAGGGUUGGUGGGGGUGGGAUGUGA